AUGGAGGAAAGCGGCAUCAUCGAACCGCUCCCAGACGAGGAACUGUCCGAGGCAGGGCGCGAGGUCACCUCGGAUUAUGACCCGAGUGACGAGGAGACCACAUUUGGUUCGUUGACCUCGAGCGUCAGUGGCCAUGUCUGGGAAUACGGAAGACGCUACCAUGCCUUCCGAUACGGGAGAUAUCCCAUACCGAACGACGAGGAGGAAUACAAAAGGGAAGCACUGAGGCACGCGAUGCUGAAGGAUCUCCUGAGCGGCAAGUUGUACUUGGCGCCGCUCGGCGACAGUCCUCACAAAAUCAUCGACCUGGGGACUGGAUUCGGGGAAUGGGCCAUCGAAGUCGGUGAAGCCUUCCCGAGCGCCAAAGUAACUGGUGUAGACCUGUCGCCUAUUCAACCCCACUGGAUUCCGCCCAAUGUCGAGUUCAUUGUGGACGAUAUCGAGGACGAAUGGGUCCAUGCCAACGACUACGACUUUGCACACUUCCGCUUCGUCAACAGUCUCCUCAGAGACAACACGGCGAUGUUUCGGAAGGUCUUUCAGGUCCGCAUCAGGAACCUCAAGCCAGGAGGCUGGGUCGAGGUCCAGGACAUUUGCCCGCAGGUUCUGUCUGACGAUGACACGAUUCCAACCGACUAUCCCAUCAACAAGUUCUACGACAUGGUAAUACCAGUACUCCAAGACAAGUACGGAUUCCAGAUCAGGGUUCUAGAGAACCUGCCGAAUCUCCUGGAGAGUUUGGGCUUCGUCAACGUACAAAGGAAGGUAUUCCACAUGCCCCUCGGCGAAUGGGCCCGGGAUGCCCACCUGAGGCUCCUCGGUGGCUACUUCAAGGAGAUCAUGAUGGACUUUUUCGGUGCCAUGGCAGCGCGGCCGCUCGUCGAAGCCGGAUAUGAGAGGGAGGAGAUUGCGGAGUUGCUCAGCAAUACCACGGCGGCUGCGAGCAAUCGGCGCAUCCACGCUUACAUGCCGGUACAUUUUGUCUGGGCUCAGAAACCGCCGGCCUGA